AUGUCUGUGACCAGGAACGAGCUCUUCAACAGAGGGGCCAUGUUAUAUAAGGUAACGCAUGCAUAAACCAAGCUUUAGAUACCUCAGUAUGUCCUUCACUUUAUCACCACCACUUUUAUUUUACAACCUACAACAUGCUUCUCUGACAAAUUUUCCUGUGGGAACAUCAUUUGACACACAGCUUGAUCUUCACACAUUUUCAGUUGAUCACAGUGGCAGUGUGCUAACCGCUCAGUGUAAUAUAAUAAUAUAUGCCAUUUAGCAGUUGCUUUUAUCCAGAGCAUGCAUACAUUUUCAUAUUGGUGGCCGCAGCGGCAAUCGAACCCACGGGCCACGACUCUAGCGUUGCAAGCGCCAUGGUCUACCAGCUGAGCCACACAGGGCAAACCGUGUAGACCAGGGGUUCCCUAACCUUUUUGGCCUACGACCACAUUUUGAUAUCUGAAAAUUAUUCUCAACUGACCAUCAGACUUUUAAUGUGAGGCAGUCAAUUGCAAAUGAGUCUGACAUAAUGUCUCUUAUCUCACCACCACUAAUGAGAUGGGUGUGCUUGAUGCAUGUCGUGUCGAAGCUUCUCAAAGUCAUGGGGCGUGGUCGAUAGUGCGCACCUCAUCUCUGCUGUCACAUCCAACCUAGAUCGAUAUUUGGUUUUAAUGCAAACGAGAGCACUGAAUCCAGCUUCACACAGAUAUGAGAUGGCGAAGGGUAGCCUACCAUGAGUUUUAUGGCGCUUACAACUGGGAACUCUGAAAAAUAGGAGGUCAAAUCAUGAUGUCAGUGAUCUUUAGGUCAGAAAGUCAGAGCUCAAAGAGGCCCGAGUUCCCGAGUUGGAAUUCCGAGUUGGAUGACCGUUCAAAAUGAUUUUUCCAAGUCAGAGCUCGUUUCUUUCCGAGUUCCCAGUUGUCUUGAACACACUGAAGUCGUAUAUUUCCGAGUUCCCUAGUUCCCACUUCCCAGUUGUUUUGAACGUGGCAUUAAUGCUCAGAGGGAGACGGCAGGGUAUUCCCUUUGAGUCCCUUUGGCCUGCCCGCCGUCCCGUGGUAGAUGGAGCUCCAUCUGUGCAAAAGCCCACCAUUUGAGCCCAUAUGGAAUCUGUCAAUAUAGCCACGCAGCACACUGAACAUCCCAUAUGCCGUUUCAUGCUCAGGAAUCGUGAGACAGAACAAUAUGUCCUCGUGAAUAGCAUCCCCCGACGUGUAUAGCGAACAAAAGUCAAUGCAUGGGCAUCUCGGCCCUCACAGCUAACGUCCAUUUGGAAAGCGUAAGCUGGGGAGUUUGAGUCAUUCAGUCAGUUUCCUUAUGAUUGCUACAAUAGCAUAAAGUCUUCGUUUAACAGUGUUUUCUGACAAAGGUAUUGCUGUUAUAUUUUGUGCCUCUACCUCCCCACACAUUGUUUUCACCCUAUCAGUUGCGGCCGGUAAUAUCAAAGUCUCUGCAAUAGUGUGUGGUUUCAUAGCGUAGCGGGCCUAGCCAUUCACCAAGAGAAUGAUUCAAGUGCUGCCUUUUCCCAUGAUGCUCUCUGGUUGAAUUUUCAUUUAGAUUUAAGGUUGACCACAUUACAAUGAUUUUGAGAUACAAAGACGAUAUAAUAUUUGUUUGUAUAUAUAGGCCUAUAUAUUCUUUUUCCCAGGCUUUUGGAAAUUCUCCCAUGACCCCAUUUUCAUAUCAGGCGACCCCACAUCGAGUCGCGACCACUUCUUGGGGAACCGCUGGUGUAGGCCAUUACUAUUACCAAACAAAGUGAUGUUCUUCCGUGUUCCCAUCUGAUGGUGACAGAAUGCCUUUCCAGUAUCAUGUCUUUACUCCAUAUACGCUGUCCUUAGUGUUGGCCUCAUUUAUUAGGUUAAACUUAAAGACAACCUAAUUAAUUGAAAACACUGGUGCUUUAGGCCAUUUAAUGUAUUGAGAGCCAUUUGAUGCUUGGAUAUUGUCUUUUCACAUUGUCCUUCCUUUCCAACACUGUUCCAACUAUGGUAGAUGCGUAACCAGGCCACCCCAAUACAGCUCGGCUUGGCCCUAAAGUGUGAACCAGGCAUACAUGUCUCUGCCACCUGUAAAUUAUACUGAACAAAAAUAUAAAUGCAACAUGUAAAGUGUUGGUCCAAUUUUUCAUGAGCUGAAAUAAAAUAUCCCAGACAUUUUCUAUACGCACAAAAACGUAUUUCUCUCAAAUGUUGUGCACAAAUUUGUUUACAUCCCUGUUAGUGAGCAUUUCUCCUUUGCCAAGAUAAUCCAUCCACCUGACAGGUGGGGCAUAUCAAGAAGCUGAUUAAAAAGCAUGAUCAUUACACAAGUGCACCGGGUGCUGAGGAGUAUUUAUGUCUGUAAUAAUGCCCAUUUGUCAUGUGAGAUCCAUAGAAUAGGGCCUAAUGAAUUUAUUUCAAUUGACUGAUUUCCUUCUAUGAACUGUAACUCAGUAAAAAUCUUUGAAAUAGUUGCAUUUACAUUUUUGUUCAGUAAAUAUAUUCCCUUUGCUUUGCACCAGCACUCAGGCGCUGCACAGGGUACCAUCUACAUCGGCUGCCCUCCUGGCAACCGCCUGGCGUUUGACAUCACCACCACCCUGGAGCAGUGUGCCCGCAAUAAGGGCUACUUCAACUGCCCCAACCCCGACCCCCUCAUGCUUCUACUACGAAGACUGUGAGACCAUGACCUUGAACUAAGCCUGUUAUGAAAUUGUUACAUUUUGCAAAGACACGUUUUGACCCUUAACCUAAAUCUAAACUAAUUACCACUGUGGCCCUCUACAUGUCCUCUGUUUUGUCUCUGUCUGCAGUGUUCUAUCCCUUCUUCUUGAUCCAGGACAUCAGUCUCAUCCCCUCUUGUCCUGCUUUUGUUUACUGAAACAAAAACAAAACAUUUGUAUACAUGAAUUGCUGUUAAAGCCCAUGGCUUGAUAUCAUACAGUCUCUAUUUAUUACACUACAGCUAGGUGGAGGAGCUUACUCGAAAGAUCACAUCCACCUCUACACUCCAGAGGUGCUGCUGAUAUACAACAGCCUCAACUAUAGGUGAUGAAGUUGCACUGGAAAACACACAGGAGGACCAAAAUGUAUCAUUUUAGUAUAUUAGAACAAGGUUGGCGUGAUAUACGCUACCAAUAGAGAUGCAUAUUUGUUGGACUCCCCCUGGAAUGUCCCCCUGGUUUCUCAGUCUAUCCCAGAGGACACUGGUUUGGAUGUUUGAAGACAUGGACAACAAUGUCAACGUCACUGAGGAAGGAUUUAUGGUCAUGCAUGGCACUACAAACAAGAUUUGGUAA